CCAUGUCUAUUGGUUCGGAGAUCUAAAUUAUCGUCUCAUGGAUUUGAGUACAGAACACGUGAAGAAUAUGUUGGAAGUGAAAGCUUAUCAUUCGCUGUUACAGAAGGAUCAGCUCAAAGAUCAGAUGAAGCAAAAGAGUGUGUUUGUGGGCUAUAGUGAGGGAGCGAUCAAUUACUUGCCGACCUAUAAGUACGAUCCGGGAACUGAUAACUGGGACUCCAGUGAGAAGAGUCGACCGCCCGCCUGGUGUGACCGCAUUCUCUGGCGAACAAAACAACCCACAGAACAGCUUCAAUACAGAAGUCAUCCUAAAAUGAUGAUCAGUGAUCACAAACCGGUCAGCGCUCUCUUCGAGGCAUCCAUUAAAGUGAUUGACGACAAAAAAUAUCGCAAAAUAUACGAAGAAGUGAUGAAAAAGUUGGAUAAACUGGAGAACGAAUUCUUACCGCAAGUGGCCGUCGAUAAGAUGGAA